AUGGCCAUGCUAACUUGUUUUCCUCGGAAUAGACAAGAACUGCUGGCAUGGCUUAACAACCUGCUCCAGCUGAACCUCACCAAGAUCGAGCAGUGCGGAACCGGUGCUGCCCUUUGCCAAAUCUUCGACUCCAUCUUCAUGGAUGUUCCCAUGUCUCGUGUCAAGUUCAACGUCAACACCGAGUACGCCUACCUCCAGAACUUUAAGGUUCUUCAGAAUGUCUUCGCCCGUCACCAAGUCAACAAGCCCAUCCCCGUUCAAUCCCUUACAAAGUGCCGCAUGCAGGACAACCUUGAAUUCCUGCAGUGGGUGAAGAAGUACUGGGACCAGCACUACCCCGGUGGUGACUACGACUCUGUCAGCCGUCGCAAGGCCUCCGGUGCCCCCGCCUCUGUCGGUGCUACUCCUGCUUCUCGUGCCCCCUCUGCUGGAAGCGCCCGCCGUGGUGUGACCCCUACUACUGGUGCCGCUCGUCCCCGUGUUGGAGCCCCCAGCGGAGCUGCCACCGCCGCCCUGCAGCAGGAGAUUGCGACCCAAAAGGAGGCCAUUGCUGGACUGGAAAAGGAGCGCGACUUCUACUUCGCCAAGCUCCGCGACAUCGAGCUGCUCCUGCAAAGCGCCAUCGAAGCCGACCCCGAGAUCGAAAAGGAGGAAGACACGCUUGUCAAGCACAUCCAGGGAAUUCUUUACUCAACCGAGGAUGGCUUUGAGAUUCCUGCCGAAGGAGAGGAGGUUGUGGCCGAUGAACUCGAGACUUUCUAA